AUGGCGUCCUGCGACAGCAGGCAGUCAACACUGGCCACUGAGCAAGAGAUCGAACUCCGUCAUUCACUUGACACGGAGCCUACGGAUCUAGAAGUCCAGCGUAAACCCUGGAAGUACGUUGGUUAUAGAAGAUAUGCAAAUUUUCUGGCAUCUGAUGACGAUCUAUUUGUCUUGCGGCGUUUCAAAGAUCUGAAUAUUCGUGUCGCCUUGCUGAUGCAGGACAAACUGACCGAGCUUGAGGAGGAGUUGAACGAGCUGGAUGAAGCCUAUAGCCAAAGGAGUGCAGUGGAUAUUCAUAAUGGGACAUUUCGCAACGAUGCAGAAGAUCGAGAGGAAUUGUUGGAGAAGAUUUCCCAGGGAAUAUUUCGGUAUAACCAAGUCCUUCUACAGCAAUCCGCACUACAAAAAUACCCUCAAGCCUCUAAUAGAGACGUUAAAAAUAUCAGAAACUGGCACGAGAACCACGGCUUUGAGGCGAUCGCACGAUGCGAGCAGAACUAUCUAAGUUUAGAUAACGACCUUGUUUCUGUGUCGCAUAAAACCAAAACGCCGUUGCGCCGUGUGAUUGAUGGCUCAUUCCGUCUCCGCACUCUAUCCUUCUGGAAAGACAAAAAGCGGGAGCCCUCGCUUCCACUAUACGAUGAUAAAUACAUAUCAUACUACUCUGAUAAACGAAUCGAUGGGUUUGUCUCGGGGUUCAUCGUGUGUGUUGGUUUGCUCAUGCUGAUCGCACCUAUUUGGAUCCUCCAAUCCCUACAAACUCUACCGAUGAAGUUGGCUGUUAUUACAAUCUUCAUUGUUGCCUUCUUGCUGAUCAUGUCUUUCGCCAUGGUUGCCAAACCAUUCGAGGCCCUCGGGGCCACGGCAGCGUAA